AUGAAUCCUUCGCAAGGAUCUCCCGCGUCGGCUCCAGCUGGGGACCCUCUCACAGAGUCUCAAAUGUGCACAGAAAGCAGCGAGCUGGAUCUAUCGUCCGCCAGAAGAUGCAAAGUAAAAAGUGCGGACCUGCCCUUUAGCGUGGAGUCCCUUAUCUCCAGGACGCCGAGCAGAAGUGUGAGUUGUGUCCGCCCCGAGGAGAGCGCAUCACACAGGGAACUUCUGCGGCCCAAAGCUGAAGCUGUGGAUCCUACCGACACUGACACAGGGCACUGGAUGCAGCCCCGUUACACGUCCCCUCCAAGACUGUCCAGCCCAGCCGGGUGUAACCUGCGCAAACACAAGAACAACAGAAAACCUCGCACUCCAUUCACCACGUCCCAGCUGCUGUCACUGGAGAGAAAGUUCCGUCAGAAACAGUACCUGUCCAUCGCAGAGAGAGCAGAGUUCUCCAGCUCCCUCUGCCUCACAGAGACCCAGGUCAAGAUCUGGUUUCAAAACCGCAGAGCCAAGGCCAAGCGCCUGCAGGAGGCCGAGCUGGAGAAGAUCAAGCUGGCCACAAAGCCUCUCCUCCCGGCGUUCGCCUUCCCUUUCGCUUUAAACGCUCCGCUGAGUCCGCCGGCUCUGUACGGGGCUCACGGCCCGCGGCCAGCGCUGCCUGUGCCUGGACUAUACAGUGGACCCUAUGGGAUGUACUACCUAUCUUAA